AUGUCGGAACAGGAGCUGCAGAUCAACCCCAUUGUCCAGGACUCAGUCGCCCACAACACAAAGGUACGGCCAAUCCCCUCCCUCGUACCCAUGAGUGGUGCCGCCAUUCUGACUUGUUCUAACCUCAUCUCCGCGGAGCAGGCUCUCACCAAUCUUCACAGCUUGACGGCGUCCCUCUUUGGCGUUGCUGCUGGGAUUCUUGGUCUCGAGUCUUACUAUGGCUUCUUGUUCUACAUUGCCUUCUCAAUAACAACCAGCCUUCUGUUCUACAUCCUCCAGAUUGCGCCAAGCUCUCUGGGAGAGGGCCGCUCCGUCCUCGAUUCUGGUCGUUACUACAGAGGCGCCCUGGAAAUCUGGACUGGCGGCAUCUUCAAUGGCUUGCCCGGAUUCAUAUUGACGUGGACUCUAUUCUACGGCUUAGUGAGAGCUUGA